AGUGACGCGAUCAGCUGAUGAUGCGGACGUGAUGUGUAUAGAUUAUCGUUGUACUGAUAUGUGUCUAGUUUAUGAGAAAGUUAUCGACAUUAUCUGUCACAUCGGACAGCGAGAAGAAGAAGUUUGUUUUUACAAAUUCGUACGGUGUUCACCUGUUGUUUACAAACUUGUCCCUCCAUCACAAUGAAGACAAGUCUCCUGUCUAGUCCGGCUAUGACAGUCUGGAACAUCGUCGGAACGAUUGCCCUGGGACUUUUUAUUUAUAUUGUGUAUGAAGUUAUACGAUUCCUACUACACGUGCGUUACGUGUGUAAAACGUAUCGUGAUUUACCCGGACCUGACGGUACACAUUGGCUGUAUGGGCAUCUACACCAGCUUCCAAAGACAAGCCAUGAGAGAAUUGAGUAUGGGAUGAAAAAUACUAUAAAGUUUCCACGAUUCUACCGCUUUUGGUCAGGCCCUAGGGCAAAUAUUGUCCUGAAUCACCCCGAAACUAUCAAAGUUGUCAUCAAAACAGCAGAGCCAAAGCCAACAGGAUUUGGAGGUUCAUAUAGACAUGCCUUACCCUGGCUCGGCCCAGGACUGCUCAUUGCAGGGGGCAAGAAGUGGGCUCGGGCUCGCCGUCUACUCACACCAGCUUUCCAUUUUGAUGUCUUACGACCAUAUAUGGAUAUCUACAACGAGGCAGCAGAAGAAUUGUUGAAAAACAUUGACCUGUGUGCGGAGAAAGGCGAGAGUUUUGAAACAUUCAAUGUAGUAAGUGCCUGUACCCUUGACAUCAUACUGAGAUGUGCCUUCUCCUACCGUACCAACUGUCAGAACCUCGGGGAAAGUCAUCCAUAUGUGACAGCAGUGAAGGAAUUAGCUGAGGCCUGGGGUGUGAGAAGUCGAAAUCCUAUGCUGUAUUUUGACUUGAUCUUCUACCUGACUAAAACUGGACGACGCUUCAACAAGAAUUGUAAAUUUGUACACAAAGUGGCCGAGGAAGUAAUUGACAAACGCAAGGAGACAUUGGAUGCUGGACAUGUUCCAGAGAAGAAGUAUAAAGAUUUCUUGGACAUCCUAUUGAUGGCUCGGGACGAGAAUGGGAAUGGACUCAGCAGAGAGGAAAUUCGAAAUGAAGUUGAUACAUUCUUAUUUGAAGGUCACGACACAACGGCCAGCGCCAUCUCCUGGAUCCUGUAUGCUCUGGCUACACACCCAGAACACCAGACCAAAGUCCAGGAGGAGAUUGAUCAUGUCCUGGAAGGGCGAGAAUCUGGCCGACUUGAGUGGGAGGACAUGCCAAAGUUGGAAUACCUGACAAUGUGUAUUAAAGAAGGAAUGAGAUUGUAUAGUCCUGUACCAUUUAUACAACGACAGAGUACACAGGAGUUCACUAUCGACAACCAGACCUUCCCCGCCGGCACCUUUAUGUCAAUUGGAAUAUACUCUGUACAUCACAAUCCAAAGGUGUGGGAAAACGCCUAUCAGUUCAUACCUCAGAGAUUCUCAAAGGAAAAUGCUGCGAAAAUGGAUUCAUUUGCCUUCAUCCCUUUCUCAGCUGGUCCACGAAACUGCAUUGGACAAAAUUUUGCCAUGAAUGAGGAGAAAGUAGUCAUAGCAAGGAUAUUACAAAAGUAUACUCUAGAAGUUGAUCCAAAAGUUGAAGUAAAGCUGAAGGCUGCAGCAGUGAUGAGGUCUUUGAAUGGUGUCUACCUCUUCAACAAACGUCGGCAAUGAUUGGCAAUUCAAGCAUAAUUGAACAGAAUAUUUCCAGUAUGCACAUAUGUGACACAUAUUUGGCAUAGGAAAGAAUUUUUGUGUUGUAAAUACUUACAACGAAAUGAUUACAAACAACGAAAUGAUUACAAGGAUCUAUUUAUUAAUCAGAUUUCACUGUGACAUGCCUGGAAAUAUCUCAGUCACACCUGAAUAUAAACUUGUCACACCUGAUAAUAUCUAAGUCACACCUGGUUAUAUUCCAGUCACACCUGAUAAUAUCUCAAGGCACACCUGGUAGUAUCUCAGUCUCACCUGGUACUAUCCCAGUCAAAUCUGGUACUAUCUCAGUCAAAUCUGGUAAUUUCCCAGUCAAAUCUGGUACUAUCCCAGUCUCACCUGGUAGUAUCUCAGUCUCACCUGGUAAUAUCUAAGUCACACUUGAUAAUAUCUAAGUCACACCUGGUUAUAUCCCUGUCAUAUCUGGCCAGUUACACAUUGUAAUAUUUUUGGCACAUCUGGUUAUUUGAUAUCCUAGCUGAGGAAAACCUGGUAAUAUCACACUCCUGUCUGGAAUAUCCCAGUCCUACACUGUCACACCUUGUUGAUGAUUUACAGGUUUUUGUAGGCGGUGAUUGUUGUAGGAUGAUAUGAUAACAAUGAGUGCCUUGAAUAUUAUUUUGUGUUUUUUAUUCCAUUGUUUUAUUUGGUUGAUUUAUUAAGUGGGAAUAUUUUGUAGACUGAAAAUAGACUUCAACAUGGUCAUUAUCAAUAUUAAACAUAAAAUAAGCAUCAUGGGAUUGACCUAAAUUGAUCAUUUAGGACAGUUUGACCUGCGUAGGAGAAAGUUUAGCCUACAUAGAGAAUGUUGACCGUCAUACAGAACAGAUGGACAGUGGGACCUUUACAUACAUGAAGGACACUAUGACCAUUGUGUAGGACUGUGACCUUCAUAUAGGACAGGUUGACCUUCAUAUAUUUUACAGUGUACAUGUGAUAUUCAUAUAGGACAUUUUGACUUUAAAUACAGAACACUGUGACCUUUAUAUGGGGUAUUCUGACUUCUGUUAUGUACCUAUAGAAUGUCAUAUGGUGGAUUGACUUUUUAUGGAAUAUUCUGACAAGGACAGUCUGAUCUUUCAAAUGGACGUAGGAAAUAUCAGACAUGGUUUUAUGAGGAUAGUGUAAAGUACAUGUAGGACAAAGUGACCUAUAUAUAUACAUGUAAUAUAUGACAUAUAUUUUGCUUUAACUGUUAGACAUAGAGAACAGGUUAUGUAUAACACAUACACUGCUGAUGAUGGCCCAUAUUGACUUUGUAAUGUUACAGUCUAUUUAUUUAAAGCUUUAAUAAGGCAUUUUUGUGUGUCUUUGUGUUGGAAUUGUGUUCAGGAACUUGACAUUUUUAGACUGGAUGCUUUAUUGAUGGAGAUUUAUAUUGAUGUUAAGUUCAAUCUAAGCAUGUAAACAUUUUUACUAAGAUAAGGAGUGUAUGAUUUAGUCUUAAUAUUGUAGAUUUUUGUACAUCUUACAUAAUGUUUAAUCAUUACUGAAAGAGUCAGAAAAAUCCCCCUUAAUAAGGCUUAACAAGCCAUGGUAAAUUUACCUCACAGAAACAGCUAAAUCUUUGAUGCAAACCUUUACAUCUCAUUUCAAAUUAUACUAAUGUUAUUAGGUUACCUAUUGUACUAAGUUUUUAUCUAUAUAUCUAGAUUUUGUGAUCAUGAAUUGUGUAUUAGAUUAUUAUAUUUAGUAAAAUUAUAUGAAUUGCUAUGUAUACAUUUAUACUUAAAUGUAUGUUACAUUAAUACAUGU